UCGCCCGGCUUGUCUGGGUUAUAAGAAACAGUAUCUGCCCUUCAGGGUAGGCUCGCUGCGGGCUAGCACUAGGUUCUUUUCAUUUCUUUUGCUGCCGUGCUCGCUGCAAUUCGUAAAUCGGAUCAAAUCGGCCGAUAUGAGCAGUUUAUUUUUAAUGCUGUUCGUAACCAUCUUGUGCGUAACACUCUUUCCGAGUAAUGUCCUGGCGCGUGGAUUAAGAAGCGAAAGAAACUCCAACACGACAAGAUCGAGCGCAGAUCGCAGCUCUCACAAGUUUCAAACAAUUCAGCCUCGGAAGCAAGCGCCUAGAAAUAGAAGACCUGAAGUUCACGUAAAGGAACGAGGACCCAUAAAGUUAACGAAAUUCCCAACAAACAGCAAGCGAGUUCGGCUGUUUGGUCGUGUAGGAUUGUUCCUUCACUGCAACGUUAAUGGCACAGUUUCAGGCUCGUUAAAUCAGUUGAGUAUGUUUGUCAAGUUCGAACUUCAAUCCUUUGGUCCAAGCAUUGUCCGUAUCCGGAGCAUUGAAACUGGAAAUUUUCUAGCGAUCGAUUCUAAAGGAGUGCUUCAGACAAAAAAAAAUGCAACGGACGAGUGUUUAUUUUAUCAAAACCACGAAGAGAAUCUCUUUGUAUCGUUUGCGUCGUUCAAGUAUUACAUGAACGAACAUUACGACAUGUUCAUUAGCAUAAAAAAGAAUGGAGAAGUGAAACAAGCUACUUCUACGCUUCCAGGACAGGACGCCAUUCAAUUUAUCGCUCUCAAUGCUGAUAAUUGGCGAUUUGCAAGACUUGAUGGAAUUCUCGGUUAAAAACAAAAAGCAACAGGCAAUUGUAGAGACAGCGGGACGAUUUUGGCUUCGAGCACGCCAUGAGUUAUCAUGGGAAAGAUAAAUUACGAUCGACUCCACGAAAACGCGCGCCGAUUACAAGCUCGUCCUGGCCGACUAUUCCUGGGUUCUAGAGAAUGUUCGUGAAUUGUCUAGCGCGCGCGAAUGGUUUAUAAUAUUGCCGCUUUUCGCUUGUUAUCAAAUUGUUUGCAGUCUGAAACAGAGCGUGUGUUAAAGCUAUUUUCAAUUUAGUAGGUAGUUGUGUUCUUAUUAAAUAAGUUUCGUUGAUUUUCUCUUUUUGAUCAUUUAAUCGUUAUUUACUAUUUCAGUAACGUUUUUACCACUAACAGACCGAUAGUUUGAUUGUAUUCAAUUCGUUUGAGACAAAAUACCUUAGCUAGAGGACAUUAUAUCCUUGUUAAUGAGCGAAAACAUACGAAUGCGAAAAAUAAGAUAUGGCUGAUGUCCCUUUAACUGGAACAUCAGCCAUAUGGGGUAACUGUGUUUAAAGCCCGAAUAGUCAUAAAAUAGUAAAAUAAUUUAUCCCUUUAACGAAGAAUCUAGUCGGAGGAUGAGGGAGGGGAUUCAGGGAUUCCAACGCUCAUCCAUUCCCGUCCAAAUUUCGAAGAAGAAUAUACUAAAAUAAUAGCAACAGUAGACAUUUAUUUGCAAUCGCGUGGGAAUGUACACCGGGGAAUGGUCUACUGUGUGUAAGUUUGGAGUCCCACCCUUCCACCUCUCCUCCCCAUAUCGACCAUUUCCUGGGAUCCAACCUUAACCCUGGUCGUAUGUGAUUAGGUUUAUUACUCCAGCUUUUUCUUAAUGACAACGAGCUUUUAUUCAAUUUUCAUUUUGAACCGUGGCAAUUGAACUUUAUUCCCAACAACUCGUGAUAUUGAGCUCAGCUUAUGACCAUAAAAAUAAAUAAAUAAAUAAAUAAAUAAAUAAAUAAUGGUGCAAUUGACGCUUUUAAAAAAAACAUUAUUAAACUGCAUAUCUUUGUGGUAUUUACAGUCCUAACAUUUAUUUUAUUUGGCUUGAUUUUUAUUUGAAAUAUAGAUAAAGCACAGUCAAACUCCGUUACACUCGUCUCACUUGUUUCAGUGUAGACACUGUAGGGAUCGACUUCAUAUAGUCAUUCGCAUUCCGUCGUGCGUCCAUAUUAUACCAAUCAGACGCCUAGAAAAGCCAUCUUGGGCUUCGGAUUGGUUAGUCUGCUCGCAUAGAAUGCGAAUCAAUUUAAAGAGGUCUUUUCUGUAAUCGAAAUGAAGCCUUGGAGCUGACUGGUUCGUAGCUGCCGGAGCUUAUUCCGGUUUCUGUAGCAUGAAG